AUGGUUCCUAUUUUAAUCGAGCUUAAGAAAAAUUGUCAGUUAUCAAUCUCUAAUAACAAUAAUAUAGCAGAUAUUAACGAUGAUGAUAAUGACUUUCAAGACUUAUUUGACGAUAACGAUGUUACAACUGAUGAAGAAGAAGAGAAUGAACAGGUUUAUACACUAAUUAGUAUAGAUAUUGAUGAAAUAAAAAAUAAUUUGUAUAAUGCAAUGAACCAUUAUUGGUCUAAUUUAACAUCACCAAGUUCACUUUUACCUAGUCUUUUAGAUCCCAGGUGCAAAAAUCUAUCUUUUGUCUCAUUUGCUAAAUGGUUCACUACUGAAAAUUUACUUAGAGAUGAGUAUGAAAAAAUGAAAAAUAAUAUAGACAAAGAGAAAAAAAAUGUUAGAACGAAGGUUAAAUCAACUUCUGUAAAAAAAAAAACCAAAAGUAGCAUUCUUUCUAGUUUUAAAAAACAUACGCCAGUUAUGGUUGAGGAGAUUUCUAACUAUCUAAAGCUUGAAGAAAUUGAUAUUGAGUGUAAUCCUUUCGUGUGGUAG